AUGGAGCUACCCUCACUACCUCCUCCUCAGUCACAUUACCGCGGGAACCUGACUGGGCUGCUGUCAGUGGGAACGCAGCUGGACUAUAACCAUUUACUGGCAAGUCGACAUACCAUACAGAGCGGACAGCUGCUAAUUCAGGAACAUCAACUUACAAGAAAGAACUUGAAAACUUUACUUCAUGUUAUAACGGGAGAAUUGAAGGCUAGAGGAACUAAAACACCACAUAUUUUCUUACCAUUUAGAUCAAGAAUAGAUGACUCGAAAUUGGAGAUGUUUUUGAUCAAUCUUUUCCCCAAUGGAAUCUUGACUCACCACGAAUAUUAUGUGCCAUUGUUGAAAAAAACGGAUGAGUUUACCUUGGUGUGCUCCUUGAAGUACUUAUGGUGCAGGUUACCUAAUAACGAAGUAAUCGGCUGGGAUGUGUACUUGGAAUAUAAACGUAAAGAGAAGGCUGCUGGGUACCCUAGAAACGCGUUUCUUUCCAUUAUGCCCAAGUGCUUGUCAUCCCCUGCACAUGCCCUGAUUGUCUACGACUUUUUGGACUUGUUGAUUAGCGUGGCUUCAAACUCACAGUAUAACUAUUUGAGUGGGAGAAAAAUCUGUAAAAUGGCUAGUUUAUGGGCAUUCAACCUGUUGGUUAAAUCACAGCAACUGAAAAAUCACCUGCUGCUGCCAUUUUAUGACGCCACGAUAAUGACAGACAAUAAUUUUAUCGAAGGUUUGGACUCGUGGAAGCAAACUAGCAGUGCUCUUUUCCAUCUUUUGCUCUCAUUUUUAAGAGCCAUGUUACCUGACAGUGAACAGGAGACAUUAAAAUUGCCCAAAACUUUGCAGUCUUUGUUAAUAACUAAUGCCUAUCCACCAUUAGACAAUUCAGAUUCCAUCAAGUCAUUAAUAACCAUCCCCUGUGUAUUAGUAAGGUCCACCAAACCGUCUAAGACUGCAUUUGAAAUGCUUAGUAAAGUUAGAAACACAAUCUCCUUUGACAAAAAGGAUGCAUUUGUUUCUGUAGAAAAUUAUACCAUUUUGAAGAAUAUCUUUAGAAAACAAUCGACAAAUGAAAUUGUUUCCACUUUAACUGAAGAAUCCAGAAGAAUCCUUAAUAGAAUAACUGCAGAACCUAUACAAAGUGAUUUUGGAAUAUAUCCAGGUUGGGUUAAACCUGAAGACAGUGAAGACAAUCGUAGGCAAUAUGAAUAUGAGGGAAUUGAUGACGACAUACCCUUGAUAUCACAGAUAAACAUUAUAGACGUGACACUUCAAGACUAUUAUAUAUGGACAUGGUUAUCGUCUUUAUCACUGGACCAAUGUGUUCCAAAUAAAAAGUUAUUUGGUAGAUCUUUAGUAGUAGAGGCUGGAUUAAAAGGUUUUGAAAAAUGGUUAAUUGUAACUGAAGAAUUGAUUACUCCGAAGGAAUAUUAUAAGAAGUUUAAAACUUUGGAUUUUCCUAAAGUCCCACCUAAAAAGGUUCACCCUGAUACCUCAUCUGAUUUAGAUUCAAAUACAUCUGGUGAUGAACGCCAUGCUCACAGCAAAAAUGCUGUUAAGCGGAUUCCAACGGACUAUAAAUAUCUGUCCCUACUCCCUGAACUUCCACCUGCUGAUAAGCGACUGCCUGCAAAAAGUAAUCCAGAAGAUGAUUAUGAUUGGAAUGGGAUGUUACCUGCAAUUAAUUUCACUGAGGAUGAUUACAAGAUUGAAGUUCCGGGUAUGGAGAGGUUGAGUUAUGAUUUUGAGGCAAAGAACAACAUACUGUCACGAAAACCACAAGCUAGGGAACAAUCUCAAGGUCAAUAUGGACAUCACCAAGCACAUCAAUAUGAUACUCAACACGGACAUCAACAUGGACACCAACAAGGAUUUCACCCAGCCCAUUCAGUAGCGAAACCUCUCCCAUCUCCAUCUAACGAAAGAGAAGCUUCUCCGCCUAUACCUCCGAAAUCGCAUGGACGUCCACCUCCUCCUGCUAUUUUACCCAAUGAAUCAACUUCUCCCCAAAGACAUCAAAAUGAUUCAAAUGCAUUGCCUAGUCAACCAACCCAAUACCUCGCCCCUAACCAGAAUUCUACUUCUCCUAUAAGGACAAGCACUCAUACUCAGUACUAUUCUCCUGAAAAUCGACACUCACAGAAUGAACCGAUAGUUGAAAACUUGAAUUACGAAAAUGAAGCGGAGAGGAAGCAUCUUUCUCAGGAACAAGUCAGAGGCGAAGAUCUUAAUGGUAAACACUAUAUUCCCGGAUCAGCCGUAGAACCAAAAUAUGAAAAAGAACCAACUGUCGAGAAGUACAUUCCAAGUGCAUCUAUGGGCGAUACUUCCCACCGUGGUAGAAAACAUGAUGAGAAACCACCAGUAAAUGGUGUGCAUGAUCAUCUGUUGUCACCUUCGAGGGGUAAAGAUCUAUCUCCUGAAGAAUUGGCUGCCAAAAAGGAAAGAAGAAGGAAACGGAGAGAAAAGAAGAAGCGGGAAGAAGCUCAAGAGGCAUCAAGAAGGGCAGACCAAGAAGGAUACGUGAUACAAGAGGAAGGGAAAUUAUCGACUAGAUCCACUUCCCCCAAAGACAAAGAGUCAAGGAGGAGGGAAAGAGAAGAAAAAAGAGAAAAAAGAGAUUUAAGAGAGAAAGAAAAAAUGCUUGCACGAGAGAGGGAACGUAUCAAAGAGUUACCUCCAAUAUCGCCUAAACCUAACGAACUUGUUUCAAAGCAAGCAGGUCAGGUUGCAGCUUCUCCAGACUUGCAGCAAGCUCCAUUUCCAGUUCCUUCGGGAAAUUCCCAUUUACCUCCACCAUCACAAUAUCCAAAUGGUAGACCAAAUGGAGCUCCACAUCCAGCAUAUCCACAACCUAAUGGGUAUGGAUACCCUCCGGCUCAAGGAUAUCCAACUGGAUAUCCAGCUGGAUAUCCAGCUAACUACGGAAGGCCCCCAAAUUCCUCUUCACCUACUCUUGCUCCUCCAAGUGCCUCUCCUGUUUCGAAUCGUACACAUUCUCCAGUUGAUCGGAACCAGUCUCCUCAGGAUCCAAGAGGUAAAGCUUCACCCAUUCCAGGUCAUCAUCCUGCUAACCCAGUUCCACCUCCAGGAACUCAACAUCCAAAUGGUCACCCACCACAAAAUGGAGCUGCAGGGCCACAUUCUGCGUACACAUCACCACAACAAGCCAAUCCAGCUGCUUUCCCUCAAUACCCAGGGUACCCACCUCAGGGAUAUAUGUAUCCUCCACCUCAAGGUUACUAUCCCCCACCGAUGGGUUAUCCGCCUAUGGGAUAUCCACCUAUGGGCUACCCUCCAAUGGGCUACCCUAUGGGAUACCCUAUGCCCCAACCACCCAAGUCCCCUGAAAAGAAAGAAAAACCAAGUUCCACUGAUGUUGCUAUGAGAAAUAUGCCACAGGGACACAAAUUCAACAAGAACAAGCAGCCAAACAAAGUUGGUUUAAGAAAUGCAUUUAAUCAAGGUGGAUUCGGUAUAUAA